AUGGCCGAGCCCAACAGUAGUGUUGCGUCAACGCAAACUCUCACUUUGGACCUCCCUCCAAGCUGCAUAGAAUGGUGCCCCUCGCACCCGACAUACUUUGUUGUCGGCACGUACAACCUCAUCAAGGACGGGCCAGGCUAUACGGAGUCGGAAGACAACGAGGCCUUGACCGGAAAGAAACUGCAAAAUCGCAGUGGCAGUCUCGUCACCUUUCGACUUGACAACGGAACCGUGAUAUCCUGGCUGUCGUCUCCAGCACCGGCAUAG